GUCAGCGAACGCAACGUGCCCCGUGUCUGCUUGGACGAAGGCGGUGCUUGUGGUGCCCGAGCAGCAGCAGGGCCUCGCCUUUGUGGGUGUAGAAAGAGAGAGAGAAGAUGGCUCCCGUUCUGGAGAAACAGCUCCCGGGUCUAAACGGGUCGGUCGACAACAACAAGGAAGACGAGGAAGGACAAAACCUCUGGUCCUCAAUACUGAGUGAAGUUUCAACUAGAUCUAGUUCAAAGUUGCCAUCAGGGAAAAACAUCCUGGUGUUUGGUGAGGAUGGAUCAGGAAAAACAACACUUAUCGCCAAGCUUCAGGGAGCUGAUCACAAUAAGAAGGGGAGAGGACUGGAGUAUCUUUACUUGAGCGUCCACGAUGAAGACCGGGAUGACCUGACUCGCUGUAACGUGUGGCUCCUGGAUGGGGACCUGUACCACAAAGGCCUUCUUAAGUUUGCGGUCACYGCUCAGUCGCUACCUGACUGCCUAGCCGUGUUCGUUGUGGACAUGUCGCGGCCCUGGACCAUCAUGGAGUCGUUGCGGAAGUGGGCCGGCGUGCUUCGUGAUCACGUGGACGCCAUCAAGAUCCGUCCAGAGGACAUGAGAGAAAUGGAGCAAAGGAUUGUAAAAGCCUUCCAGGAGUACUCAGAACCAGAGGAUGCUGCCCCAUCCUCCCCACGACGAGCCCCAGCAUCGGGGGAAGACGAGGCCGUUGUGCUGCCUCUGGGGGACGACACACUCACACACAACUUGGGCAUUCCAGUGCUAAUAGUUUGCACAAAGUGUGAUGCGAUCAGCGUACUAGAGAAGGAGCACGACUACAGAGACGAGCACUUUGAUUUCAUCCAGUCCCACAUCAGACGAUUCUGCUUACAGUAUGGAGCUGGCCUGAUUUAUACUUCGGUCAAAGAGGAGAAGAACCUGGAUCUGCUUUACAAAUAUAUAGUCCACAAGCUGUAUGAGUUUCAGUUCACCACACCUGCCUUAGUGGUUGAGAAAGACGCCGUGUUCAUUCCAUCUGGAUGGGAUAAUGAGAAGAAAAUUGGGAUUUUGCACGAAAACCUCACAACCAUCAGACCAGAUGAUCCAUUUGAAGAUUUUAUCACAAAGCCUCCAGUACGGAAGUUUGUUCACGACAAAGAGAUCAACGCAGAGGAUGAGCAAGUCUUCCUGAUGAAGCAACAGUCUUUGCUAGCAAAGCAGCCAGCAACGCCAACAAGAGGAGCGACAGAGUCUCCAGGACGGACGGCCUCGGGCUCCCCCAGGCCUGCAGGUCGUGCCGGCCAACCAGGCGUAACCAGCGGUUCACCGAUGGCUGCCGUCAAAAAGCCUGAUCCCAACAUGAAAGCGGGUGCUGCUAAUGAGGGAGUGCUGGCCAACUUCUUCAACAGUCUGUUGAGUAAAAAGACCGGAUCCCCAGGAAGCCCAGGAUCUGGAGCAGUCGGAGCCGGAGUACAAGGAUCUGCCAAGAAAACAGGGCAGAAGCCGGGUUUGACUGACGUCCAGGCCGAGCUGGACAGGAUGACUCGCAAGCAAGACUCGGUGGUUUCAGCUAACAACGGGCCGCCAACGGAGAACGAAGCGUGAAGGCAGCAAAAACGGCCGCAUCAUCCACCGCGUUAAUACUCUGGAAAAAUAAAWAAAUAAAUAUUUGUACAUGUGAGCAUAAACAAAAACAUUGACCAAAUUCCCAACGCCUUUUAUCAGUCAGCAACACAGUGGUUUCACCAGGUGAGAUGGGAAGAUAACGAGAUGGAGGUGUGGAUAAGAAGUGCUGAAGGCUUGGCUUUUUUUUGUUUUCUGUCCUCUCUUCCACUGUAAAAGCUCUUUUUGUGAAGGAUGUCAGUUUGUGGAAAUGUGUGCACACUCCCUGGCAGCCAGCCUGAUGCUCCGGGCUGCAGGCCCCCCUGUUCCUGGGGGUAAAAAAAACGCUCUCCUCGUGGAUUUCCAAAAGAGUGAAAACACACCUGCCACGUGGCCUCUAGCUCAUCUUAUCAAGGAAGGAAUUUGGUUGCGAUUGGAAAGGUAUUUAAACUUUAAAUAUUAAGAAAGGAAUUAAAAUACUUGCAAACCUUUGUCUUAUGUAAAAAAACAAAUGUUGGAUAUGAUGUAUUUAUACAAAGGUUCUCCUUUUUUUGUUUUAUUUUCUGCACCAUUUCUUGGUUCAAGGAAACAUUUYUUUGUAUUUCGUAACAUGUUAAGACGUCACUGACAACAUGACACUAAUAUGACAUGUCCAGAGAACCGAUCGUAUGGCCUGCCCUCGUCAUCUCGAAGGAUUCUGUAGAUAGAAGUACAAAAACAAGAUUCAGGUUUACUUAAUUUUGUACAAACUGUUGUUUUCUGUCCAAAUCGUGCAAAUAGCUUCUUAGACUAAAUGAGACUGGAUGGGAUUUGACGGGCGUAGCAGAAUCUCUUCUUUAGCGACAGGUUUGUAUAUUUUGGGAAGGGGUCAGCGUCUUUCCUACUAAAAACUCCGAAGUGCCUCGCACAGUUAGCUGUCCGUGUCGUAGAGGUGCUCGUCUACACUUGAGGAAAUGCACUGUAGCAGCACUGGUUCAAAGGUUUCUGUUCAUUUCCUGACAUCCAAAUAAUUUAUUUUUUUUUUUUGUUUUGCGUUUUUGUUGAUGUACAAAAAAGAAGAGGAACGUUUGGGGUCUGUUGUUUUUCAGAGGAUACUUGUAGCUCAGCUGUUAGUGUAAAACCAAGAUGGCUGCUGGUAUCAAGAAGAAACCACGAAGUAACUUUUAGUAUUUUAUCCCCUAACACCUGCUGUGGUUGAAARCACUCAUUUUGAUGCUGUUUGGACGAGAGAGAGAUGUUUUUAUCCUUCAGUGUUCGACGGCAUUUCUCUGUUUUUCUGGUUUCUCGUUGUUUUCCACACUGCAUGUCUGUUAAAACAUUCCCAGUUUCUACAUGAAAUAGCUGUGGAAACACAUCUCUGGAGAAAACCUGUUCGUCCAGUCGGGUCUUUUUGUUCCUUUAGAGCUUUUUUUUUUAAACGACAACCUUUGCCUUCAAUGUACAGCUAACAGUUGGUCACACAGGGCACCCUGCCUUCACAGGAAACCUCCUGAUGUGUGUCCUUAAAGGGUUGCUUCACUGUCUCAUGUCAUUUCUGUUUUUACUACAGCUAUACCAUACCAUAUCAUAAAUCUGUAAUGUUUCUAGUUCAACAUCAUAGUUCAGUCAUUAACUUUGUAUCCAAGGCCCUCCUGAAUCAUAGUAUACAAAGUAGAAUGAUUCUUUUUUUUACAGUAAUAGUUAAAAAGCAGCUAUUUGCUUUUCAGAUGAU